AUGGCUAGUCAAAUAUCAAGCCCCCAAACAACUACCUCCAUCGUCCCAACUUCAUCUUACAAUCAAACACCACCGAUUAUUAUCCGCCAAGACAAUUCUGUAUUUCCUACCAGUAUCAUACURGAUGAAACCAAUUACCCGUUAUGGUCUCAACUUAUGGAGAUGCGCAUUGGAGCUCGCAACAAAUCUGGAUAUCUUACCAGAGAAGCGAAAAAACCCAAGCCUGAAGAUCCUACCUUCACAACCURGAUUACUGAAAAUCAAACAGUAAAAAGUUGGCUUAUUGACUCCAUGAGUCCCUUGCUGAUGCAGCGAUUCAUUCGACUUUCCACGGCCAAGGAAAUUUGGGAGACUCUAUCAAAAACCUUCUAUGAUGGAUCAGACGAAACUUGCCUUUUUGAGUUAAAUAAAAAAYCUUUCUCUACCAAACAAGAUGGUAGACCCUUGUCAACGUAUUACAAUGAACUUGUUGCUAUCUUUCAGGAGAUUGAUCAUAAAACUGCCUCUCAAGAAGGAACAGUUGAAGGAGUAGUACAAUUACAUUCAGCCAUGACUAGGCUUCGAGUUCAUAUUUUUCUAAGUGGACUUGAUUCUGAAUUUGAUCAAGAUAUUUUGACCCGAAAGAUUCUUGGUUAUGGUGUUAAACACGGCAAACUCUAUUACUUGGAAUUCACAAAAACUGAAGGACAAAAAUUCAGCCAUGUAUAUCAGACUAGAAGUGAAGAUAAAGAUUGA